UGUUUGAUCCACACUCCAGAGCAGCAGGCGGCGCUCGUGCACUAAUAACCGCCGAAUCACAACAAGAAGAGGAGGAAUGCGGAACUGAAUCAUCCAUAUAUCGCAAACACACACAAACACAAACACUAAACAGUAUAAUUUUCGAAAGUGUACUUGAGGCCUGAAACUGUGGUGUGUUUUCUCAUCGCUGGAGGACAUGAGCAGGCGUGAUGGAAGUCAGCAAGUGUUUGGACGGCAGCUCUCUGGUUCCAGAUGAAGCGUCGCUCAUUGAAGGCGUGAGCGACCCCGUCCUGCUGGUGCUGCUGCUCAGCGUGGCCUUUCUGCUCGGCCUGGUGACGCUGCUCUGCAGGAGCGAGCAGCAGCGGAUCCACCCGGAGAAUCAGGAGCAUGUGCGUGUGGUCCGAGAACAGCUGCAGACAGAGCAGGUGUCGUCCUCGCAGCCCCGGCAUCAGUUCUACUCGGACAUGUCGUGUCCCGUGUGUCUGCAGCAGGCCGUUCUGCCCGUCGAGACCAACUGUGGCCAUCUCUUCUGCGGUCCAUGUAUCAUCGCGUACUGGCGUUACGGAGCGUGGCUCGGCGCCAUCAACUGCCCCAUCUGCAGGCAAAUGGUGACCCUGCUCUUUCCGCUUUUCCAAGACAACGGCCGCAGCGCUCAGACUCCAGACGGGCAGGUGGAGCCGGCUCUGAUCCUCACCGACAUCAACGAUUACAACCGCAGGUUCUCCGGACAGCCGCGCUCCCUGCUGGACCGUCUGCGGGACGUUCCCACGCUGCUCCGGCACGCCUUCAGAGAGAUGUUCUCCGUCGGCGGCCUCUUCUGGAUGUUCCGCAUCCGGAUCCUGCUGUGUCUGGUGGGCGCGCUGACGUACCUGGCCUCGCCGCUGGACUUCAUCCCGGAGGGCGUGGUCGGUCUGCUGGGCUUCAUGGAUGAUUUCUUCGUCAUUCUCCUCCUCUUCAUCUACAUCUCCAUCAUGUACCGUGAGGUGGUGACGCAGAGACUGGCCGGGUGAGGCGUUUGAAGCCUGCUCGGGUGUCACCUUUAGCUUUUGUUCUGUAGAUUUCCGGUUUGUCCUGCUUCACUGAAGAUUCAGACGCCUUUAUGUUGUAAGAACACGUCUGAUUAAACCUCGUAAAGCUGCUGUUCUGUGUUCUUCGCAGCACAACCCAAAGUCUGAUCCGUCGAACAAACACACACAACUUUUAAGAGACUUUUAAACAACAGUACAGACGUGUUUAAGGACAUUCGCUGCCUUUCUACAGUGUCAAACACACAGCAGAGUUUCAGUCUGUCGCUGUCUGUCAUUCAAGCUGGGCUGAUAUCUGUAUUAAAGAGAGAUUCUGAAAAAUGGAA